UCGCCGUGCCUGCCCUCGUGUAGUCAGACCUUUUCAAGUAUUCAAUCGGCGCAUCCCAUGUUAUAUUCCUAAAAAAUGGGAGUUGUGUAGCAUUUUAGCUUUUCCCUCUGGUCUUUGCACCGUUUGCUCUCCCUCGCCCACUGUAAGAAUUGAAUUGAAAGACCGAGAAAAUGCAUAAAGGAUCACAGAUUUCUCUUAUCAAACUGUUUUGGAGAUACCCUUUUCAAUGUUCUCCAGAACCCAUAUUUCCGUUUUUGCUCGAAUCUCUCACACCGAUUUCAACCCGACUCGUUCAUGACUCGUUCGUAUCUUUGAGCCCCAAAUUUCUCCACUCUUCCACCUCAAAUCUCUAUACUUCCACCCAUUCACUUCACCAGAACCUCCACGAUUGGUCCUCGACUUAUAAGACUCGGAGAAAAUUCAGUAUUGAGUCGGCAGAUAACCCAGUUCCCGAGUUGGAUGUAAACAAAGAAGUGGAUAUGAUAAACCUUAAGUUUGCAGAAGCAAGAGAGGAGAUAGAGAUGGCCAUGGAGUCUAAGGAGACUGUUUAUUUCAACGAAGAGGCUGAGUGUGCUCGGGAUGCAGUGAGAGAAGUGUUGGACAUGUUUGAAGGGCUAUUGGGCAAAUUGCCAGAGAAGGAAAAGGCUGCAUUGCAGAGGUCAAUGGGGCUAAAGAUUGAACAAUUGAAAGCUGAGCUUCAACAAUUGGAUGAUUAAUGAGGUUGGUGAUAGUGGGCAUUGGCUUAAUUUUUAUUUGGUGCAUUCAAUUUUUUGUGUUUUGGAUGCGUUAUGUUCCAUGGGACCUUAUUGGAAAGAUUUCUUUUGUCGUAGAUAAUUAAGAGUAGUGGAAUAGAUAUUAUUUUGAAUAAUGAUUUAGGAUUUUGUCGUUGAAGUUUAAUUAUCCCUAUAUAUGAUUAGUCAUGAAAAAUUUUUACUUUUUGAACUUAAGGAUUUUGUUUUAUUGUAACAUUUUGGGAAUUAAAAACCGGUGUAUAAGACUGUUGAUGGUCAUAUGUUUCUAUUGUAGUCAUGCUUUGAUUGA